GACAAAAAUUCAGCGCUUCAAGAUUCGCGGUCGCGGUCCUCCCUGAAUUAAGGAUAAAAGUGAAUUAUAGCGGUUUAGCAAAAUGGAGAAAGAGAAUAAACUGAACACCACGGAUAGCGGAAGGAAGACGACAGCACGCGGAGAUCUACAGUCACUUCCGACGAGGCAAUAUUUGGACCAAACCGUAAACCCGAUCCUGCUGCAGGGGUUGAAGCUGCUGGCGAAGGAGCGGCCCCAGGAUCCGGUGCAAUACCUAGCGAAUUUUCUCAUGAAGAACCGAAAUCGCGUCGACGACUCCAACGGAAGUGCGGAUGAUGCUCAAUAAAUAAAGCUACUAAACAUUUUACAACACUUUUCCGUUUUUGCCUUUUGG